UUCUUUAUGACACGAGUUGUAUUUAUGCUCCAAGAUUUUUAAUGGCUGCUUAGCCGAAGCAGUACUUCUGUUUAGAUUGAUUUAUGCACCUAAACGGCAUUUGCUUCGUGGAGGAGGAGAUCUAUUCCUUCACGUAUGCUCUCAUCGUUGAAAUUUUCUGUCAUAUAUCCUUGGUGUUGAAUUUCACUAAAUGGGUCAUACUCCCUGAUGUUGAUUCUCUUUUGGGUUAUCUACAUUCCCUGUAUUUUUCAAGAUCAUAUCUGUCAUUCUGGUUGUUGUUUGAUAAUACCAAGUUGACAGACAAUCUAAUACUCCAUGGGGACAGUAGGAGAUGGUCGUACCAGUACUGCAGAGGUUGUUUCUUCUACUUCUUCAGGAGAUACCAAGAACCCCCAAAAUAGAAGUGCUAUUCCUCCAUACAUGAAGGCAGUAUCAGGGUCACUGGGAGGCAUGGUGGAAGCCUGCUGCCUGCAGCCCAUUGAUGUGAUAAAAACAAGGCUCCAACUGGACAGGGUGGGUCAAUACAGAGGGAUUGCUCAUUGUGGUACAACCAUUGCCAAAACAGAGGGGGUCAGAGCCUUGUGGAAGGGCCUCACACCUUUUGCCACACAUUUGACCCUCAAGUACACGCUCAGGAUGGGGACUAAUGCUGUGUUGCAGGUUGCCUUGGCAGAUUCUCAAACAGGGAAGCUUAGCAAUGCAAGCAGGAUGAUGGCUGGCUUUGGUGCAGGGGUGCUGGAGGCCCUCGUGAUUGUCACUCCAUUUGAGGUGGUAAAGAUUAGGUUACAGCAGCAGAGAGGUCUAGCUUCGGAGCUGCUGAAGUAUAAAGGCCCAGUUCAUUGUGCAACUAGCAUUGUGCGUGAGGAAGGUUUGUUUGGCCUCUGGGCUGGUGCAGCACCAACUGUUAUGAGAAAUGGAAUUAAUCAAGCAGCAAUGUUCACUGCCAAGAAUGCAUUUGAUGUUGUUCUAUGGAAAAAGCAUGAAGAUGACAGGCGGACUCUUCAGCCAUGGCAAUCCAUGAUAUCAGGGUUUCUGGCAGGAACUGCAGGUCCUAUAUGCACAGGUCCUUUUGAUGUCGUGAAAACAAGAUUAAUGGCCCAAAGUAGAUCUGUUGAGACCGGGGAACUUAAGUAUAAGGGCAUGGUUCAUGCAUUGAGAACAAUUUUUGCAGAAGAAGGAUUGUUAGCCUUGUGGAAGGGAUUACUUCCAAGGCUUAUGAGGAUACCUCCAGGACAGGCCAUAAUGUGGGCAGUUGCGGAUCAAGUCACUGGUUUAUAUGAAAGAAGAUACUUGCGUGGUGCUCAUGUUUAGACCUUUUGGGUGAUUGGAUUUAAUCUAAAGUUAAUUCUAUUUCCAUUUUUUGCUACCUUUGUAGAACUUCGUUGUUUUGAGACAUGCUAAAGAAACAAUUUUGGGGCUUGCUUCCUUAUUGGGUCAUGGCUUUAAAUAUAAAAAUAGAGCCUUACCCAGAUCUGCGCACAUUAAAUUUGGGAACCCUUCUUUCCAUUUUUAUUCAUUUGUUAUAGACCCUGCAGUCUAAUUGUUAUGCAGAUUGAAUUGUCAAGUAGCCACUUUUUGUUGAAGAAGUGUUGAUGUAUUCUUUUACAAUUGGUGAUUUCUCGAGAUAGGGAAAGAAUAAACAGCUACUUGGCAUGAAACAAGUUUGACAUAUAGUGGUUAUUCUACU